GUUGUUUACGGAAAUUGGGAAAAUCAAGAGACCACGCCGUGAGGGCACAUUUCCCGCCAACUAGGGUACACCUACGUGAUGCUUUUCGGCGGCAAACAAUCGUGAGGAUGUUACCAACUCAGUGAUCAGGAGUAUCAAGGCUUCAUCGAGUCCUCUGGGUCUUCUCGCCGAGAGCUGGGUCACAACGUGCGGAUUGUGUUUAUUUAUGUGAAGACAAUUUUUGGGUUUCGGGGGCUGUUUGUGCCGUGGGAGUGCGUCUGGGGAGCAUCUCUGGGGGAGGACAUCGGAUUGAGGGGUUUUUCGCUCCGGGAGAAUGCUGAGUGUCACGACGGCCACGGUCCACCGGGCUAUGUGUCCGGGGACACCUCAAAACACUACACCAGAGCGAAAGGAUCGAUCCUGGAGUUGCGACUACAACGCGAUCUCCAAGCGCCGCUGCAGAGCGACGACAUCAAGAAAAAACCUCUCCCUCCGCCUGAGCGACCCCCUCGAACUGAACAUCGAGGUCUCCAGUCACCCAAUCGCCGCCGACAAGACACCAAAAUCAAAAAUCCCAAUCUCCAAGAUCCACUCGAACACCAUAAGCACGUCCAAGCCACGAAGACAUGCGGUGACACUGCUGAAGCAAGAAAAAACCCCGACGCACAGUCUCUGCGUCAACCCCGUGUCCAAAGAGGCGUCUCAAAAGGCUGCUGAAGCUGAAUCCAGCUCCAAGGAAUCGACUGGUGAUGGACUCGCCGACAAGUCUUCAGAGGCUGUUCCUCAGCCAAAGAUCCAGUCCCCAAACGAAGUCGAUGGGAAAUCAAUUGAGGAAAAAGAGAAGAAAGACGAGGAAAAAAAUUAUGAUGAGAAAAAUCCUGACGAAAAAGCAAAACCUUCUCCCCAAGGACUCAGCAGUUCUCCAUUGGAGGCUGGGGGAAAGCGCAAGCGAGGGUCAGAGUCCAGAAUGUCAGCAGCUAUCAAGAUGUUGAAGUCAGAUGACAAUGAUGUUGAUUAUUCCAAGCGCAGGCCUGCUCUGGACUCGACAAUCGAGGAGUCGCAGCCAGACGAGGGCAUAAAUGUCCCCAGGAAUGACCUCUCGGAGGGCACCAGCCCCUCGGAGAGCCAGCUCCAGGGGGACAAUUGGAACAGCGAGGAGAACUGGAAUAAACUGCAGGAGGAGAACUGGAAUAAAAUUCAGCAGGAGAACUGGGAGUACAAUCAGCAGGACAACUGGGUGAAUCCAUACUGCGAACGCCAGGAGAUCUGGCACAAUCCACAGACCAGCAAUUGGGACAAUUGGGACGACGGCAGUGCCCCAGUCCCCGCCGAGGAUCCAUUCGACCAGCUACAGCCUGAGGAGCCCUUCUACAUGACUGGGUUUCCAAAUCCACCAGCGGAAAAUCGGUGCUGGCUCAAUGCCACUCUGCAGACGAUCUUUGCGCUACCUCUGGUGGAUCCCCUGGGGAGGCUCGACAUGACCAGGUGCUCCAUGCUCACCAAGACACUCAUGGCUAUUCAGUUGUUCUGGAGGAGGGGGGCUGCUGACAGGGAGAAGACCUAUCAAACUGUCGCUCGAUUCAAAAACCAAUUGGACAUCCUGGACGACACCUACUCGUCCUACCGUCAGCAGGACGUCUCCGAAUUCCUGAUGAAGCUCCUGAAUCACGUGAAGAACGACUGUGAGAAAAUAAUCAAAGAGAUGAAGAGCCCUGACGAGACUGAGAACGUUCCCGAAGCGAGUGUCGUAAAAGCCACUCAGAGAUCCCCCCAGACGCCGCUGAAACGUCCACCACUUGCCCAAAUUUCCCCCUUCAAGAGCAGAAAUGAUUGCAGUGAUGUCUCCGCAUGCAGUCCAAAGUCCCACGAGUCCACUGAGGAAUCAUCGGAGUCCAUUCUGAAUCCCAUCGACGAGUUCUUCCUCCUCCCCAUGAUGGAGCGCUAUGUCUGCCAGAACUGUCAUAAACACCGUCAGCGCAAGGUCGACAACAUGAUGCUGUACGUCGAUCUACCGGAGAACGCGACUGACCCCAUCGAACUGGCUGAUGCCAUUGGAAAAAGCCUCGAGCCUGAGGACAGAACUCUCACCUGUGGCAAGUGCAAAUGCGAGAAGCACAAGCUCUUCACCACCUUCAGAGGACUUCCAAAUGUGCUCAUUGUGCAGAUAAAUCGGUAUGGAAUGAGUGAUGGAUACGUCGCCAAGAUGAAUUCCGUUGUUCAUAUUUCUGAGAUACUGGAGAUCAGCACUGACGAAGGAAAAAGUGAGGAUCGACAGUGCCAGAAAUUCAUUCCAGUGUGUAUAAUAGCUCACGUAGGCAGUGCAAUGGACUGUGGGCAUUACACAAGUUAUGUGAAGCACGGUGACCAGUGGUUUCAUUACAACGACAUGAAUGUAACGCCAAUGUCAACGAGUGAAGCCCUCACAGCUGCUCAAACCACUGCCUAUCUCGUAUUCUUCGUGAAUGCCGAUCUUCUCCCCAAGUCCCCGAGCCUCGAGGACGGGCUGGAGGAAGUUUCCCGAUAGCAUUUGGCUCAGAUUGUCAUUUACGUCCCACUCGUCUCGAUUAUCAGAGACGAUUACUGGGACUGGAAUUUGCAAUUUGUUGGUGUCUUGUCACUUGUGGACUGGACGUUGAAUUUAACUGGAUCCAACGGAUCUCUCGACGGAUCUGUACACCUGGAGGAUCUACUGCGACCUAUAUCUCGUGCCUUCAAUCAAUUUUAGCUAUUUUUUCCUACCAACAUCCUCAUUGUAUUCAGAUUUUUUUCUCUUAGGUAUAGGUGUACAUAUCGAUUCAUUCAUCUUUGAGUAUAUGGAAUCCUAGAGUUUUUAGUGAUUGAUGUUCAAUUCAGAGUCAUUGUAUUUUUCUGUCUGUAAUAAGAGAAAUUUAUCAAACUGAUUUUCAAUAAAUUAUGCAAUUUCUGAAGGUUUUCA